AUGAGAAGAAAUAGAAGACAAAUCCAUUUUACAUCAAUAUUUGGGACAACUUAAUGGAAAUAUUGGGACCUGAAUGGUAUUAUUGGCUAUUGCCAAUUUGAAAAUGAGUUAUAUCAUUCACAUAAUUGA